AUGCUCGACACGAUCUACAUCUGUCGACAUGGCUUUCGAAUGUCUUGGAUUGGUGCCGAGAACUUUCCUACCACCGAUCGACCACGUGAUCCCGUCCUGACUGCUCAUGGUCAAUCACAAGCGCGACACCUCGCAUCCUAUCUCUCCUCCCUGCCUGCAUCUGAGCAACCCCAACUGAUCAUCAGCUCUCCUUACUACCGAUGUCUCCAAACCUCCCUGCCGACUGCGUCUGCACUCAAAUUGGAGCUGGUAGCCGAGCCAGGGUUAGCAGAAUGGUUUCCUACAGCAGCGACAAAGACGGGCGUCCAUCCGUCGCCUGCAAGCGCCGCCUACAUGAAGGAAUUCGUAACCGAGCUCUCCUUAUCCUGGAAACCGAUGCUGUAUCCAAGUCGCGACGGUGAAACCAUUUCGGAACUACACGCAAGAGCACGUCGAGUGCUCGACCUUAUUCAACAAAGAUGCGGCCAGCUGGGUUUGAAAAGAGUGCUCAUAUGCAGCCAUGCUGCGACGAUCAUCGCGAUGGGAAGAGUGCUACUAGAUGAUGAUGCGGAUGGCAAGCGGACCAAGUUUAUCGGCGCAGGAACGGCGACGUUGAGCAAGUAUACGAGAACGCGCGAGGGAGGGGUGUGGAAACAGGAGUUGAAUGGGGAUGCGUCUUUCUUGCCCGGUGGUGUGGAGAGAGAGUGGCAUUUCGGCAUGGUGCCGGACAACGUGACCGAACACGGCAUGGGUCAAGGCUGGGUGGACCCAGAAGCUCCGACUGAGAAGGCAACAGGGCAAGGCCAGGCACUGUCGACCAAGUUGUAG